AUGGACGCAACACUCUCACCUGAAUCGCGCAUGCUGCGCAAGCUCAACGCCUCCAAGCCCCAGUCGACUCAACAUGCUUCAAUCCCCGCAGAUCCCUUCGAACCCCUGUUCUGUUUUCUCUACGGGACACUGAUGGAUCCGAAAACACUGUCUGAGGUCUUGAGAAUGCUAGACCCCCUUCCUGCUAUGCGUCGUGCCAGGCUGACGGGCUAUGGCGUCAAACUCUGGGGCUCGUACCCUGCCCUUAUCCACAACCCAGUCCAGGUGGUUGAUGGUAAGGUGUUCGAAAUCAUGUCGAAGAAACAGCUUGAUCUACUCGCUUCCUAUGAAACGGACCGAUAUCGCGUCCAUCACUGCGCGAUCGACAUUCUCAACGAUGACAGUACUGUGAAAAGCACUAUUCAAGGUUUCACCUUCCUGUGGAAUGACCAACAGGAUGAUCUCCGGGACGGGAAGUUUGACUUGAAGCAGUGGAAAAGAGAAAAGGAACUUCAGGACAUGGAUGAUGAUUGCAUGCAGGUGUGGUAUUAA